AUGGCAGCAACGGGAAUUGAGAAGUAUGUCUGAGGAAGAGGUUAGUGGGAUCAAAGUCAAAGAGGAGAGAUUGAUGGGGGAUUUGCAUGAGACUUGUGAGUGGGGAAAGGGAGAGGUCUGGGGAGAAGGAGGCGGGAAAGAGGAAGAGGAGGAAGAGUACUGGUGCGAUGCUGGUUCUAUCAAGUGGGCCUCUGUU